GAAAAUGCUUAGUUCCCGAUUAGCGGCGCUGUCGAUAGCCACGGCUCAGCUGACUCGUGGAAAUUCUCAUAUGAUGCAUCAGGAAGCAUUUGUUUAGCUGAUGUAUAGUACGCUGGAGUGAUUGGAUAAAAUCAAAUCGUUGAGUGCUUGGAGAAUGUGUCAUAAAAGGCGACUCGAACAAAGAUCUGUCAAAUCUCUCAGUUGCGUUUCUGACACUGCUUGUUGUACAAGAAUGUCAUAGUGCAUACUGCUUGACACGCGUUAUAUACUCCAUAACUUAUAUACAGAUCAAAACAAAAAUAUUUUGACCAUGACAACAAUGAAAACAAACGCGUGUAUUUCUACAUUGUUUUGUAUUAUAGUAGUUCUAAGUACAUCAGUACGAGCCUCUUCUCUGCAAUGCAAAGGAGAACAAAAUCAAAAUGUGGAUUGGUUCGUUCUGUACAAACUUCCAAGACUAUCGAACAGUGGGAAUCAUUUGAUAAAAGAAGGUGUAGCUUAUUUGUAUAUGGACAGCGAGAGUUUUGCGAAAGGAUGGACGCUAUCGGAAAAGGACAUUACCUCCAAUGAUUCAAUACCUGCAAAUACUCUAGCUCCUUUUUACAAUGACAACAUUGCUGGAGACCUUUUUUGGGUAAUGUACAACGAUCAGCCGCCCAAUCAACCCGCAAAGUUAAACAAUGGACACACAAAAGGUGUAGUUAUAGCAGGCGAAACAGAAGGAUUUUGGUUGAUACACAGUGUACCGAACUUUCCACCAGAACCGAAUACUGGUAAUGAAACUCGGAGAUCCAAUUCUAAUAAGAUUGAAAACGAGUCUGAAGAAGAUACUUCUAAAGAUAUUCCUAGAGGAAUUUAUGCCUAUCCUUCGUCUGGGAAAGUCAAUGGACAAAGUUUCUUGUGCAUAUCAACAAAUGAAGCUAAUCUCAACACGAUUGGCAAACAAUUGAUGUACAAUCAAAUUAUUGUUUACCGAAGAAAUCUUCCAGAUAGUCUGUCGAAUAAGUAUUCAGUCUUGACUGAUGCAGCAAACCAAGUUCGGAUCAAAAAAGCUCCUUACAACAGUAAAAUCAAUCUAUACUCUACAAGUGGCAUGGAAUUCACUUCGUUUGCUAAGAGUAGCAAAUGGCAAAAAGAUUUGUAUGAUGACUUUGUGGCACCACAGUUGAAUACUGACUUAUACACUGAAACGUGGAUGAACGGACGUGGUAAAUUACCAUCCGAAUGUAAUAAAACAAGGGUCAUGAACAUUCGAGCAAUUUCAUUGCAGAAAGCUAAUGUUGAAUUUCACAGUAGUCGCGACCACUCAAAAUGGGCUGUGUCUGCCGACGAAAAAAAGAAAGCUCACUGGGUUUGCAUAGGAGAUAUCAACCGAGCUGAUACACAAUUCGAGAGAGGUGGUGGAACUGUAUGUCUAAAUGUGCCUGAUGUUUGGAAAAAUUACAAGGACUCAGUUGAAGAUGUUGAACCUUGUCCAAAGCCAAAAUCUAAGGGAUUUAUUGAUAGAGUAAAAUCUUGGUUUAGUUGACAGUGCAAUAAACAAACUGUAUAUAAAGUAUUGCAAUAUUUUUGACUGAUGUAAAGAUUUUAUAUUACUAUUUCUUUGAAUAAAAUAUAUUUUAUUCAGUUAAAAUGAUAUAUUUAAGAGCUAA